GGCGUUCGUUCCUCGUUCAUAUUAAAUUUUAUCGCAUAGCAUUGUCGGUAGCCAGUCCCAAUCACCACAUACAGAGAAGCAACUGGAGGAGACCAGCAGCAAAAGACAACAAUAUCGUGUGCAUAUCUUAUCAGUUUUGCAUUGGUCUUUUGUUGCAACUUGUGUAUCGUCUGGUGUUCUUGUUUUUGGAUUCAUUUCUUCUCCACGGACCUCUGCCUAUACCUGGUUAUUCCAUUUAAGUUCCACUUGAAAAAGAAAAUGAGCGAGGCACAGAUCUGCGACAUCAGCCCCGAGGCCAAGGAGGAGAUUAGCAAGUUUCGAUUCCGCCGGAAUGCCACCAACACUGCCCUGAUCUUGAAAAUUGACCGCGAGAAGCAACUGGUCACAGUAGACGAGCUGCUGGAUGACGUCUCGGUCGAAGACCUACAAGAGCAGUUGCCUAGCCAUCAACCUCGGUACAUUAUCUAUAGCUACAAGAUGGUGCAUGACGAUUCGCGGAUAUCAUACCCGAUGUGUUUCAUCUUCUACACUCCACGGGACAGCCAGAUGGAACUGUGCAUGCUGUAUGCCAAGACACGCAUAGCUUUGCAACGAGAGGCGGACCUGACGCGGUAUUACGAGAUCCGCGAGCUGGACGAGAUGACCGAAGAUUGGCUGAAAGAAAAAUUACGAUAAACUGGGAAACAUCGUCGAUUGCCAAACGUCGCCAGGAGUUUGUAAACUAAACUGUAAGAUUUUAACCAUUUCCGCUUUUUGAAAAUCUAUAUUUUUGUAUGGACAAUUUUGAAGGUCGGUCACGAACGGCAGCAAGUGCAGUUUACCUAGAUGCAAAAACAUUAAGUUGACUUGAAUUUUACUUGGCUACGAACACAUCAAUCAAACGCAUCAUAACGAACAGUAUGUGACGGCUGCAUUUCAUUUUAGUAGGUUUGAUGUUAAAAAGUAGACAGCAAUACAAAUUUAGAUACUAACGUUAGAGUCCUAGUGGAGAAUAGUGAACCAAAAGACAUUCGAUCGCGGCGCGUGUUAAAAGCGCUGCAGGGCGAAGGAUGGGAUGGAUGAAUUCGUAUGGACGAGCAUAUCUUCGGACGAACAUUCUUUCACGUUAUGCUUUUAUCUUGGAUGAUCCAUUCGAUCCUUUGUCUUUCGUAUUAUUGUUUUCUACAAUUAAACGCUUUAGAGAAGCUAUGCAUAUUGAAAAAAUGGGACGGUAGUGCUGAAAAUUCAUUCUCACAAUUGUGGUCAAUAUGCCAAACAAAUUAAGUUUUCUCAUUAUAGAAUCGUAUUUCCAGAGAAUUUUAACGACGAAAACAUUUUAAAAUUGAGUUCAGCAUAGUUAUAGGUCAAUAUGUAUUAUCGAGAAUAAUCAUUAACAAUACAUAAUCCAAAAUCGAUCGAACACCAGAGCAGGUGUGCGUAUGUGUAAGCUUAUAACAGAGUACAAGUUAGUAUUGAUAUACUAUGAACUAAUGUUUGCGAAAAUCGAAAAUCCAUUAUUAUACAAACCAGAAUAGCAAUCCUAAGCGGCGCAAUAAAGCUGAAAA